CAACUCUCCUAGAUCUGGGCCUGUGGCUCCCCAAGUAUGGGAGGAACAUCCUGGUAGGAUGAAUCAUCUGAGAGCCAGCUCAUGGUUAUCUGUGUGAUACGUGAUGAAGGAUAAAAGUUGAGAGGGUUUACACACAAGAGUGACACAGAGAGAGAGAUCGAGAGCAAACUCUCAGCUGAUGCACAGGCCUCCCUUGAAUGACUUGACCACCUCAUAGUGGGCAGAAAAACCAAUCUAUCAGAGGUGUACAUGGAGUGAGAUUGCCUGGUAUGUUUCUCUCCUUUUCACAUGGGAUCUUUCCCUCUGCUGUUCUGGAGGGGCUGCUGAGUAGUAGAACAGCCAUGCAGGAGGAAAGGAAAACCACAAAAGGCCAUGACUGCAAAUGAAACUAAAAUUUUCUACAAGCAAAGAAUUUGACUCCUAAAGACUGCAACUACUUGUGCUGUAUAUGUUUGACUCUAUUUUGAAGGAUGCAUGUCGUGCUCAGGGGACACGACGUUGGAUCACCAAACGUUUUUCGAACACUAUAUGCGAGGCACCAGGCUCAGUGCUAGUCCUUUCAUCACUGGGCAUGUGAUGGGGUGAAAUUAAUUGGACACUUCUGCAAAGGACUGAAAGGAUCAGUAGCUACUCCUAGGAGUAACAUGUCCCCCUUCAUCUAUUUUAUUUUUUUCAUCGUGAGACCUGAAAUAGCUUCCCCUCACAGACGCUCUUUCCAUCAUUGCAGAUACGUUAGUCAACUGUUUUGUAGAGUGGUUUUAACAACAAGCCCUUUAUGAGUCAGCAGUAUUGGACCUCCAACUAUGUAUAUACUCUGACCUGUGUAAAGAGUUAAUGCCAAAGUGUCCACUGUGAGAGAAGCCUGUUAUUUAAAAUACUUGCAAACAACCGUGUGCCAUCUGUUCUUACAAACAGCUGCAAGGUCAAACCAUGAUGGAGCCAGGAAAGUACUUACUGCAGGAUGUGUACAAGCUGACCUCCGAGUUGCUGGGAGAGGGAGCCUAUGCCAGAGUUCAAGGUGCGGUGAGCCUGCAGAAUGGCAAAGAGUAUGCUGUCAAAAUCAUCGAAAAACAAGCAGGGCACAGUCGGAGUAGAGUAUUUCGAGAGGUGGAGACACUAUAUCAGUGUCAAGGAAACAAGAACAUUUUGGAGCUGAUUGAGUUCUUUGAAGAUGACACAAGGUUUUACUUGGUCUUUGAGAAAUUGCAAGGAGGCUCCAUCCUGGCCCACAUCCAGAGGCGGAAGCACUUCAAUGAGCGAGAAGCCAGCCGAGUGGUGCGGGAUGUUGCUGCUGCCCUUGACUUCCUGCAUACCAAAGGCAUUGCUCACCGUGAUCUGAAGCCAGAAAAUAUACUGUGUGAGUCUGCAGAAAAGGUGUCUCCAGUGAAAAUCUGCGACUUUGACUUGGGCAGUGGGAUAAAACUGAACAACUCCUGCACCCCCAUAACCACACCAGAGCUGACCACUCCAUGUGGCUCUGCAGAAUACAUGGCCCCUGAGGUGGUGGAGGUCUUCACGGAUGAGGCUACUUUUUAUGACAAGCGCUGUGACCUGUGGAGCCUGGGCGUGGUCCUCUACAUCAUGCUGAGCGGCUACCCCCCCUUCGUAGGUCACUGUGGGGCUGACUGCGGCUGGGACCGGGGAGAGGUCUGCAGGGUGUGCCAGAACAAGCUUUUUGAGAGCAUCCAGGAAGGGAAGUAUGAGUUUCCUGACAAGGACUGGGCACAUAUCUCCAGUGAGGCCAAAGACCUCAUCUCCAAGCUCCUGGUUCGAGAUGCAAAGCAGAGACUCAGCGCUGCCCAGGUUCUGCAGCACCCAUGGUUGCAGGGGCAAGCUCCGGAAAGGGGACUCCCCACGCCGCAAGUGCUCCAGAGGAAUAGCAGCACCAUGGACCUGACUCUCUUCGCCGCUGAGGCCAUCGCCCUGAACCGCCAGCUGUCUCAGCACGAGGAGAAUGAGAACCAGCUGGCUGAAGAGUCCGUGGCACUGGCUGAGGGCCUCUGCUCGGUGAAGCUUUCCCCUCCCUGCAAGUCACGCCUGGCCCGCCGGCGGGCCCUGGCCCAGGCAGGCCGCAGUGCAGAUGCGGGACUGUGCCCGACACCCACAGCACUCUGACCCAUGCAAGUGACCCACGCAGUCACCCCUUCUAGGCCCUAGGUCUGUCCAGGUAUAACCCCCGGAAAGCUGUGAGGUCAGAGUCUGCAGAGCAAGCUGAGGGACCUGCUGUGCAGUCCCAUUCAGACCUUCCCCUCCACAAAGGCCCUGAGGUUCCCACCCAGUCCCCCAGUUCCCCAGGGUCCUUGAGGAAAAAGCUUUUUCCAAAGGAGUUGUCAUUGAAAAGGAAAGCAAUCACUUGUCACUUUGCAUAAUCGCCGGUGGCAGUGGGGGUAUCUCUUUGCUGGGCUCCUGCCCACCUGCUCACCACCUGCAGAUCCAGCCUGCUCUCACAGCGGCCGGCAGCUGGGGCUGCAGCCUUCAGGGAGGCAGCUUCGAGAAGCGUCAGUUGACGGGCUGCUGACGUGUGCCUCUUCCCUCUCUGCACUGUCACCCUCCUCUGGCGGUCUUUCCCACCUUCCUCUGUCCUCCGGAUGGAUGUCCUGUUUGUCCGUCCUCUCCCUUGACUGAGCAGAGCCAUCCCCCGAAGUCAGGGGAGGACAGGGAGCCUUCUGCAUCAGGCAAGCCAGAGCAGUCUUCCAGUCUGUAGCACAGAGAAGCACAUAAUCUUUCUUUGCCGUGACUGAAAUGUGUCCCUCAUUUAUCAUCCUCUUCCUUGUUUGUGAUUGCUGCUAAAGUCAGUAUUACUUCAUUUUAAAAGGGAGGGGGGUAUUUUUUUUAAACUGCGCUUUUCCAGCAAAGAUGGGACUUUAAAUUCCCACUGCAAGCCCACGGGCUUUCCAGAGUGUGUAAUGGCUUGCUUUUGUUCCCUGAAUGUCUAUGCAUUUGGGUUUUAAUCCACUUUUCCUAAUUAUUCUAACUGGUUUUAAGCUGUUAGACUAUCAUAGGCAACUGAGAGACAGUCCCAGUGUCAGCAGCAGCUGCAGUGUCCCUCAGGUAUGGUAUGGAGGUGGCCCGGGUCUGGGCAGGGUGCCUGGCGUGGAGCCAGAUGGGAGACCAGUUGGCCUGCAUCAGAGGCGGCCGCUGCCCUGUUCCGAGCUCCGUGGUGCCUACUGCCAGAGAACACGCAGGUUCACCCAUUGUUAAAUAAACUAAGCUGUUGAAUUAAGUAAAGAAAAUAGGUUUGCACAUGUCAGACAGACAUUUAUACUACACAGAGAUGCUAUUAUACAUUGUGUGUGUUUUAAUAAAACUUUCAAUUUUA